AUGAGCCGGAUGAGUAACGACAAUCUGCAAUCCGCUUGCGCAGUCUGCGAUCGACCGGACAAUGAUGAAGACAUGGUGGCAUGUGACUCCUGCGGUUCCUGGUAUCACUUUAGUUGUGCGAACGUAGACGAAAGUGUAGCGGAUCAGUCGUGGAAUUGUUCUUCGUGUGGCAACGCAGGUCGCGCGCAGUCGCAGAAAGCAGGUCCCAAGACGUUGACUGUACCAUCCAACGCAGGGAAGUCUUCGAAGACAUCGGAUGUAAACAAAUCCAACACCGGAAAGAAGUCUACAGCCAAGGGGUCUGUAAGUGUUGCUACUAGUGUUAAGGAUAAAGCGAUUCAGAUAGAAUUGAAAAUGCUAGAAGAGCAAGAGCGAAUUAAGGAGCAAGAGUUGAUAGAUGAAAAGGAAAUUAGGCAAAGAAAGCUACAGUUAGAAAAACAAAUGAGAGAGCGUGAGUUAGCGUUAGAAGCCAAAAAAUUGGCUGAAGAAAAGGCGUUCAAAGAGAAACAGCUCGUGGAAGAAGAAAGCUUUCGUAAAGCCCAGUCAAUAAUGAAACAGCAGUCUCUCGAAAAAAUGAAAAAUCUUGUUCGGCAACUGUCGCAGCGCGGUAGCGAUACUUCGAGCGUUUGUCAAAGUGAGGCGGUGAAAUCCGUUGAAAAGGUUAAUUUGUGGUUGCACCAAUCGAAUAAGCAAACAGGUGAAGAGAAUAAAAAACCAGUUGACAAUGUUUUGGAACGGGACUCCGGAAAACUGGUCACCACGGAUGUUCCCCGUGCCAAACGCGACAAUAUUCGCAGAAGUGUGCAGAUGCCUGAGAGAAAUAAGGACGAUGAUAGCCUGUAUUCCAAUGCACGAGCGGAUAUACCACCGACCAGCCGUCAGUUAGCGGCGAGACAAGUGAUGGGGAAAGAUCUGCCGGUAUUUUCUGGGAAUCCAGAGGAGUGGCCUAUCUGGAUCAGUAAUUUUGAACGGUCUACGGUUACGUGUGGGUUUUCCCACGAUGAAAAUUUAAUGCGGUUACAGCGUUGCCUGAAAGGUCAAGCGUUGGAAAUGGUGCGUAGUAGGCUUCUUUCUCCAACCAGCGUGCCGUAUGUCAUCAAAACAUUACAGUUACGCUAUGGUCGACCAGAAACGUUGAUCAAAGCACUCACGGAAAGGAUUCAUCGUCUUCCUCCGCUAAACACGGACAGUUUGGAGAGUAUAGUGGACUUUGGUAUGGCAGUUGAUAAUUUGGUGGAACAUCUGAAGACUGCCAAGCAGCAGUCGCAUUUGAUGAAUCCGUCUCUACUUCACGAGCUAGUGGGGAAACUUCCUGUUGAUUACCGGAUGAAAUGGUCGGCAUAUAAAAGUCCCUUCGCGGAGGUUGAUCUUGGAACGUUUGGAGCGUUCACGUCUUCAUUGGUAAAGUUGGCAUUCGAGGUGAUGGACGACACCCCAAUAGGAAAGGCAUCCAAGGGAACUUACCAGAAGCCCAAAGACCGAGGGUUUGUGCAAGCUCAUUCGGAGCAACCCACGGCUGGGCCAUCGUCGGCAAACAACAAUACAGUCGGACACGUUAAACCAAAUAAGACUUGUAUCUUUUGCAAGAUGGAAGGUCACAGGGUAGCGGAUUGCUUCAAAUUUCAGGCCCUAAACGUAGACGAGCGGUACAAAGUCGUCAAUCAAAAUUCGCUGUGCAGAACUUGUCUUAAUCAACACGGAAAUUGGCCAUGUAAGACCUGGCGAGGAUGUGAGAUUGAAGGAUGCCGUUUACGUCACCACAAAUUGCUACAUGUGACGACACCAGCAGUAAAUAGAGCGGUCUCUACGAGCCAUACUGGCCAGCAGACUAUUGGUGCUCCUCUUUUUCGGAUUCUUCCAGUGACCUUAUACGGAGAACGGCGCCGGGUUGAAGUUUACGCGUUUGUUGAUGAAGGUUCACAAUUGACACUCCUGGAUGAUGCUGUUGCUGUAAAAUUGGGAAUCAGUGGGCCGGUGGAAACAUUAAAUCUCCAAUGGACCGGAAAUGUGACUCGGAAUGAACCGAACUCUAGACGAAUACGUACGGAGAUUUCGGGUAGAGGAUCUACAAAAUGCUUUUCGCAAUUCAACGUUCGUACUGUUGCCAGCCUUGAUUUACCGAUGCAGUCAUUGCGAUAUCACGAAAUAGCAGCCAAUUAUCCACACUUGCGAGGUUUGCCAAUCGACGAUUACGAAGAUGUUACGCCAAAGCUGCUGAUUGGUCUUGACAACCUGAAGCUCACGGUUCCGUUGAAGAUUCGGCAAGGAGGUUGGGGCCAACCAAUGGCUGCCAGGUGUAGACUCGGCUGGAGUAUCUACGGGUGCACACAGCCGAAAUCGGAACCAUUCACUUGUGGGUUUCACGUUGGGGGAUGGACCAAUUCAGAGCUUGACUUGAACCAACUAGUUCGCGAUUACAUUACGCUGGACGAAUCUGGUGUGGCACCUCCACUAGCAUCAUUUGAAUCAGAUGAAGAAAAACGAGCACGCGAAAUUCUUCAAUCGACCACAAAAAGAGUCGGUAAAAGAUAUGAAACCGGUCUUUUGUGGAAGUGGGACAAUAUCGAGUUCCCCAAUAGCUACGGAAUGGCGUACAGGCGCUUACGCUCUCUAGAGAGACGACUCAGCAAAGAACCUUAUCUUUACGACUGUGUUCGUCAACAAAUACGGGAGUACCAAGAAAAGGGCUACGCUCAUCAGGCUACGAAGACAGAACUAGCGAGCACAAGCCCGGAGAAGUGUUGGUACUUGCCGUUGGGAGUAGUACUCAAUCCGAAGAAACCCAGUAAGGUCCGUAUCAUCUGGGAUGCUGCAGCUAAAGUAAACGGCAUAUCGCUGAAUACCGCAUUAUUGAAAGGUCCUGACUUUCUUACAUGUUUGAUGGCAGUUUUCUGUCACUUUCGCUUAUAUGCAUAUGCGCUUACAGGUGACAUAAAGGAAAUGUUCCACCGUCUUUUUAUACGUCGAGCUGAUCGUCAAUUUUUGAGAUUUCUAUGGCGAGAUCGAGCAGUGCAAGAGGCUGUGGUCUACGUUAUGGACGUAGCUAUAUUUGGAGCUACGUGUUCGCCAAGUUGCGCGCAGUAUAUCAAAAACCUGAAUGCGCAGGAGUUCGAAGUCGAGUGUCCGAGAGCGGUAGAAGCAAUCGUCCACCACCAUUAUGUGGACGACUAUUUGGACAGUUUUCCGUCAGCAGAGGAAGCAGUGAAGGUCGGAAACGAAGUGAAACGGAUACAUGCGGAAGGCGGAUUUGAAAUUCGUAAUUUUCUGUCCAAUGAUCCAGGGAUCGUAGAACAAGUUGGAGCAGCAUCAAUAGAGAAGGAGAAGGCUUUGAACGCGGAAAAGGGUGAAAACGUCGAAUCAAUUCUAGGGAUGAAGUGGAUCCCAAGUAGUGAUGAGCUGACAUAUACGUUCGCAUGGCGCGAGGACCUCAAACGGGUGCUGAGCGACUCACACAUCCCCACAAAGAGAGAGGUGCUUCGGGUAGUUAUGAGUUUGUUUGAUCCGCUGGGCUUGAUUAGCUUCUUUUUAAUUCACGGGCGAACGUUAAUGCAAGACAUCUGGGCAGCAAGUGUAGACUGGGAUGAAUCAAUAAAUGAUACAUUGUGCGAGCAGUGGAGGCGUUGGACCGCGCUCCUUGGUGAGCUUGAUUCGGUUCGAGUUCCUCGAUGUUAUUUUCUCGGUGCCGGAUAUGACACAUACUCGACGCUGGAAAUCCAUGUGUUCGUGGACGCUAGUAAAUCCGCUUAUGCUAGUGUUGUAUACUUUCGUGUGGAAACACCACGAGGUCCCGAAGUAGCAUUAGUCGCUGGUAAAGCUAAAGUAGCUCCUCUCAAGAUGAUGUCCAUUCCCCGUCUGGAGUUGUGA